UUAUACUUGCUUUGCGCUUGUUGGUUAUCAAAGAAUGGUAAAUGCAUAUGAGUGGAGGGAGAGGGUGGAGGGAUGGUAAUAGAAAUGUUUCACAAUGGCCAGCCAAAGGAUGAGGCCCUUUUCCCCCUGGAGAUUUUCGGUAUAAAAUUUUCAACAGCCACAAUUCAGUGUUGCCAAGGAGCCAUUGUAAGAUUUGAUUCCACAACAUUGCCAUUUGCGGGGCAGAAGCUGUAUCAGGAUUGUAGAAUGCAGACUGAGAUACUUGUCAAAUUUGUGGAGCUGAUCAAGAGCCUGUGCUUCAUGCCUUGCGUAAUUGCCAAGUUGCCAGAGCAGUUUGGUUAAAUCUUGUUUCAACUGCUGCAAAACAAAAUUUCUAUUCUUUGAGUUUAAAUGAUUGGUUAUUGGAUGAUAUUGAUAAUAAUUCUGGACGGUUUGUUAAUUCUAUACCCUGGGGAACUUUAUUUACUAUUACAUACUGGCGGAUAUGGAAGCAGCGUAAUCAAGUCAUUUUUUAGGAUGAUUCUUGUAGUGUUGAUGAGUUGUUGAAACACUGCUCAAGUUGGGCUAUGAAUGUGACGCAGGUCUAUCAUCUGAAUUCUCCACAGCAGAAUGGUAAUGAUUCUUCCAAGAGAUGGACUUUACCUCCCCCAGGAUGGGUCAAACUCAACACAGGCGGAGCGGUUGCCUUGUACCAUUCUUGGGCAGCAGCUGGUGGGGUUGCUAAGAGACGACCAUGGAAAUUGGCUACUUGGAUAUAGUAGAUAUGUUUGUUCAGGUUCUGUUUUGCAAACUGAGUUGCUGGCGGUAUGAGAUGGUUUAAAACUAGCUUGGCAGCGAGGACACAAGAAGAUCUUCAUUGUCAGAGUGACCCUGAGAUGGUGAUGCAGCUUAUAUCGGAUAGCUCAAUGGAUCCUCACUCAAUUACUCUUGUUCGCAAUAUUCAAGAACUUCGUCAAUGCAGGUGAGAAGUUAAAUUCGCGAAGAUUUCGAGAGAUGCAAAUAGAGUAGCUGAUUUUAUUGCUAAGCUUCAUAUUAGAAGGGACACUGCAGUGCAUUGCUUUGAGAGGCCGAUUCCUAGUGUCUGGUACUUAAUAAUGAUGUUUUGCUUGCUUAAUAAGACUAUCAAAAUAAGGUUUAUUAAAUGUUAUAAAAUUAUUUAAAUCCUCUCGCACACAAAUCAGGAUUAUAACUUUUUGGUUGACAAAGAACGAAAUAAGCCAAGUGUACAUAGAGCUAAUAA